GCAGCUGGAGACCGCGGAGCGUUGGAAGUGACGCUCGGAGCUUUAAUUACCGCAGCCGCCGGACAAGUGUGAGGAAAGCUGACAGGAGAAAGAAGGACGGGAUCGGGGGAGAAGCAAGAAGCUCCCCCCGCCCCCCUUCCCUCCCGAUUUGGACUGGAGGUGCAAGGAAACUGGAAAAGGAGCCGAACAUAGCCCGGCUGGGGGGAGAGGCCGGAAACCUACCGCCUCUUUGCAAUCAACUUUUUUUGGCAACCUUUUUUCCCCCUUCCUUUUUAUUGUUAACCAACCAGAGAAAGAGAGAGAGAAAGUGAGGAGCGAGCGAGAAAGCCUAGGCUCACCCGGGGCAAUAGCUGCACAGUCCGGCCCGGAGCACCACGCGCACACACUCGAGCACACUCCCACAGGCGCACACACGCGCGCACGCUCGCCCGUCCUCCGGUCCCCGGCCCUGGACCAGCGGGCGCGGACUCCGUCGGCCGCCCUGGGCGCCGCUGCACCGCACGCGCCGCGCCCGCCCCCCUCGCGCCCCCACGCGCGCCUGGCUGGGGGAUCUCCUCCGCGUGCCCGAAAGGGGACAUGCCAUUUGGACAUGUAAUUGUCAGCACGGGAUCUGAGACUUGCAAAAAAUGAAGCUGGCGACAGGACUGUGGGUCUGGGUGAGCCUGCUCGUGGCGGCAGGGACCGUCCAGCCCAGCGCUUCUCAGUCAGUGUGCGCAGGAACAGAGAAUAAACUGAGCUCUCUCUCUGACCUGGAACAGCAGUACCGAGCCUUGCGCAAAUACUAUGAAAACUGUGAGGUGGUCAUGGGCAACCUGGAGAUAACCAGCAUCGAGCACAACCGGGACCUCUCCUUCCUGCGGUCUAUUCGAGAAGUCACAGGCUACGUGUUAGUGGCUCUUAAUCAGUUUCGUUACCUGCCACUGGAGAAUCUACGCAUUAUUCGUGGGACAAAACUUUAUGAGGAUCGAUAUGCUUUGGCAAUAUUUUUAAACUACAGAAAAGAUGGAAACUUUGGACUUCAAGAACUUGGAUUAAAGAACUUGACAGAAAUCCUAAAUGGUGGAGUCUAUGUAGACCAGAACAAAUUCCUUUGUUAUGCAGACACCAUUCACUGGCAAGAUAUUGUUCGGAAUCCGUGGCCUUCCAACUUGACUCUGGUGUCAACAAACGGUAGCUCAGGAUGUGGACGUUGCCAUAAGUCCUGUACAGGCAGAUGCUGGGGACCCACCGAAAAUCAUUGCCAGACUUUGACAAGGACGGUGUGUGCAGAACAGUGUGAUGGCAGGUGCUACGGACCCUACGUCAGUGACUGCUGCCAUCGAGAAUGUGCUGGAGGCUGUUCAGGACCUAAGGACACGGACUGCUUUGCCUGCAUGAAUUUCAAUGACAGUGGAGCAUGUGUUACUCAGUGUCCCCAAACCUUUGUCUACAAUCCAACCACCUUUCAACUGGAGCACAACUUUAAUGCAAAGUACACAUAUGGAGCUUUCUGUGUCAAGAAAUGCCCACAUAACUUCGUGGUAGAUUCCAGUUCUUGUGUGCGUGCCUGCCCUAGUUCCAAGAUGGAAGUAGAAGAAAAUGGUAUUAAAAUGUGUAAACCUUGCACUGAUAUUUGCCCAAAAGCUUGUGAUGGCAUUGGCACAGGAUCUUUGAUGUCAGCUCAGACUGUGGAUUCCAGUAACAUUGACAAGUUUAUUAACUGCACCAAGAUCAAUGGGAAUUUGAUCUUCCUUGUCACGGGUAUUCAUGGAGACCCUUACAAUGCAAUCGAAGCCAUUGACCCAGAGAAGCUGAAUGUCUUUCGGACAGUCAGGGAGAUAACAGGUUUCUUGAACAUACAAUCAUGGCCACCAAACAUGACCGACUUCAGUGUUUUUUCUAAUCUGGUAACCAUUGGCGGAAGAGUACUCUAUAGUGGCCUCUCCUUGCUUAUUCUCAAGCAACAGGGCAUCACUUCUCUACAGUUCCAGUCCUUGAAGGAAAUCAGUGCAGGAAACAUCUAUAUUACCGACAACAGCAAUCUGUGUUAUUAUCAUACCAUUAAUUGGACAACACUCUUCAGCACAAUCAACCAAAGAAUAGUGAUCCGAGACAAUAGGAAAGCUGAAAACUGCACUGCUGAAGGAAUGGUGUGCAACAACCUGUGUUCAAGUGAUGGCUGUUGGGGACCUGGGCCGGACCAGUGCCUGUCGUGCCGCCGCUUCAGUAGGGGAAGGAUCUGCAUAGAAUCUUGUAACCUCUAUGAUGGUGAAUUUCGGGAGUUUGAGAAUGGUUCCAUCUGUGUGGAGUGUGACCCCCAGUGUGAGAAGAUGGAAGAUGGUCUCCUCACAUGCCACGGACCGGGACCUGACAACUGCACAAAAUGCUCUCAUUUUAAGGAUGGCCCGAAUUGUGUGGAAAAAUGUCCAGAUGGCUUACAAGGGGCAAACAGUUUCAUUUUCAAGUACGCAGAUCAGGAUCGGGAGUGUCAUCCCUGCCAUCCAAACUGCACCCAAGGGUGCAUAGGCUCAAGUAUUGAAGACUGCAUCGGCCUGAUGGAUAGAACUCCCCUGAUUGCAGCUGGAGUCAUCGGUGGGCUCUUCAUCCUGGUUAUCGUGGGUCUGACAUUUGCAGUUUAUGUUAGAAGGAAGAGCAUAAAAAAGAAAAGAGCCUUGAGAAGAUUCCUAGAAACAGAGUUGGUAGAACCCUUAACCCCCAGCGGCACGGCCCCUAAUCAAGCUCAACUUCGUAUUUUGAAAGAAACUGAGCUCAAGAGGGUAAAAGUCCUUGGCUCGGGAGCUUUUGGAACCGUUUAUAAAGGUAUUUGGGUACCUGAAGGAGAGACAGUGAAGAUUCCUGUGGCUAUUAAGAUUCUUAAUGAGACAACUGGUCCCAAAGCCAAUGUGGAGUUCAUGGAUGAAGCUCUGAUCAUGGCAAGUAUGGACCAUCCACACCUAGUCCGAUUGUUGGGUGUGUGUCUGAGCCCAACCAUCCAACUGGUUACCCAGCUCAUGCCCCAUGGAUGCUUGUUGGAUUAUGUCCAUGAACACAAGGAUAACAUCGGAUCGCAGCUGCUGCUUAACUGGUGUGUCCAGAUAGCCAAGGGAAUGAUGUACCUGGAAGAAAGACGGCUUGUUCAUCGGGAUUUGGCAGCUCGUAAUGUCUUAGUGAAAUCUCCAAACCAUGUGAAAAUCACAGAUUUUGGACUAGCCAGACUCUUGGAAGGAGAUGAAAAAGAGUACAAUGCCGAUGGAGGAAAGAUGCCAAUUAAAUGGAUGGCUCUGGAGUGUAUUCAUUACAGGAAAUUCACACAUCAAAGUGACGUUUGGAGCUAUGGAGUCACUAUAUGGGAACUGAUGACCUUUGGAGGAAAACCCUAUGAUGGAAUUCCAACCCGAGAAAUCCCUGAUUUAUUAGAGAAAGGAGAACGUUUGCCUCAGCCUCCCAUCUGCACUAUUGAUGUUUACAUGGUCAUGGUCAAAUGUUGGAUGAUCGAUGCUGACAGUAGACCUAAAUUCAAGGAACUGGCUGCUGAAUUUUCAAGGAUGGCUCGAGACCCUCAAAGAUACCUAGUUAUUCAGGGGGAUGAUCGCAUGAAGCUUCCCAGUCCAAAUGACAGCAAGUUCUUUCAGAAUCUCUUGGAUGAAGAAGAUUUAGAGGAUAUGAUGGAUGCUGAGGAAUAUCUGGUCCCUCAGGCUUUCAACAUCCCACCUCCCAUCUAUACUUCCAGAGCAAGAAUUGACUCAAAUAGGAGUGAAAUUGGACACAGCCCUCCUCCUGCCUACACCCCCAUGUCGGGAAACCAGUUUGUAUAUCGAGAUGGGGGUUUUGCUGCAGAACAUGGAGUAUCCGUGCCCUAUAGAGCCACAACCAGCACGAUCCCAGAAGCUCCAGUUGCUCAGGGUGCUACAGCUGAGAUUUUUGAUGACUCCUGCUGUAACGGCACCCUACGCAAACCAGUGGCACCCCAUUCCCAAGAAGACAGCAGCACCCAGAGGUACAGCGCUGACCCCACAGUGUUUGCCCCAGAGCGGAACCCACGAGGAGAGCUGGAUGAGGAAGGUUACAUGACUCCUAUGCGAGACAAACCCAAACAAGAAUACCUGAAUCCUGUGGAGGAAAACCCUUUCGUUUCUCGAAGAAAAAAUGGAGACCUUCAGGCUUUGGAUAAUCCUGAGUAUCACAAGGCCUCCAGUGGUCCAACCAAGGCAGAGGAUGAGUAUGUGAAUGAGCCACUGUACCUCAACACCUUUGCCAGCACCUUGGGGAACCCUGAGUACCUGAAGAACAGCAUACUAUCUGUGCCAGAGAAGGCCAAGAAAGCGUUUGACAACCCUGACUACUGGAACCACAGCCUGCCACCUCGGAGCACCCUUCAGCACCCAGACUACCUGCAGGAGUACAGCACAAAAUAUUUUUAUAAGCAGAAUGGACGGAUCCGGCCUAUUGUGGCAGAGAAUCCUGAAUACCUCUCUGAGUUCUCGCUGAAGCCAGGCACUGUGCUGCCUCCUCCCCCCUACAGACACCGGAAUACUGUGGUGUAAGCUCAGCUGUGAUUUUAAGGUGGAGAGACACGCCCGCUCCAAUUCCCCCACCCCCUCUCUUUCUCUGGUGGUCUUCCUUCUACUUCCAAGGCCAGUAGUUUUGACACUUCCCAGUGGAAAAUAAUAGAGAUGCAAUGAUAGUUAUGUGCUUAUCUAACUUGAACAUUAGAAGGAAUGACUGAAAGAGAAAGACAGGAGGAAUCACACUGUUUCUUCAUUUCUCUGCAUGGAUUGGUCAGGAGAAGGGAACAGCUAGAGAAGGAUCAGAAAAUAUAAGGCAAUACUGCCCGCUGUCAAACUAGUUCUCAACUUCCUUCCUUCCCUCCUUCCUUCCUUCCUUUUUUUUCUUUCUUCUUCAUUUUCUUUUUAACGCAGAUGGUUGAAAUCCUCGUGCAACCUGUUUCUAUCUGCAGGCACUGAUGUGUGCAUAUUCAGCAUCCCUGGAAAUCUUAAUAAAGUGUCCAUGAGAACAAAAGGAUAACCAUUUCUAUAACAUGUGAUAGUAACUGAGAUUGAGAAUUCAGUUUCUUUCUCCAACAUUUUCUAUCCUGGCAAGUAAGAAUGGCCAAUCCCAGCUUUUAUACCUUUUAAAUCUCCAUCAAAGUUAUAACUAGUAAUUGUGUUUGGAAGGCUUUUUAUUUUUCUAUUUGAUUUUGCUUUGGCCUGUUCCUUUAUAUUUCUCCCUAUUUUGGGCUUUAAUUUCUAGUUGCAAAGAUGUUUGUAUCAAAGCUUUUUGACAGAAUUUAAACAAGCAAUAUUUUAAUAUGGUGAAAUGGCCACUAUGUUAAAUAUACAGUCCACAAAAUUAGAAGGGGAGGCCAAGAUAUUAGUCAAAUGCAACAUCAAAUUUAGCUUUCAUGUUUUACACUAUUGAAUAUCCCCCUCUCCCCUUUAUUUGCAUUCUUUAACAUUUUCUUCUCCUCCAUAAAUGACAGUACUUGACAGGCAGUUGGUAAUCUUAAAAGUAGAAGAGAAACUGAAACAAUUCUGUGUGGUUCAAGGAAACUACUGACACUUUCAGGGGUGGUCCAAUGGAAAAAUCCAUUGAACUGGAAGAAACACACUGGAUUGGGUAUGUCUACCUGGCAGACACUGAGAAAAGUAGUUUGCACUUAAGCUAUAAUUUUAUUUGUUCUUUUUCUGAGCUCCAUUUUGAAUUUUGAAUGAAGCAAUAUAAAAGCAACCAGCAAAUUAACUAAUUUAAGUACAUUUUUUUAAAAGAGCUAAAAUAAAGAAAGACUGUGGAAAUGCCAAACCAAGCAAAUUAGGACUUUGAAACAGCAUCCAGGGAUUAUGGUGAGAGAGCCAGCACAUUAUCUAAGUGUGAUAUCACAUUUGCUAUGAAAUAAAAUUGUUCAGUUUGUAUUCUCCAUAUGAAGGAAUGCAAGUAAGGAUUAGCUUGAAUUCCAUGGAAUUUCUAGUAUGAGACUAUUUAUAUUAAGAAGGUAACUCUUUGCACAUGAAUUGCUAUAAUAAAAAGAAAAACACAAACAUUCACAGCUUAUGGAUAGGUCCUUGGGUCAAAAGUUGUAAAUAAAUGUGAAAAAUCUUCUCAUGCAAUUAUUUUAUUAUUCAAUAUACUAACUUUUUGAUGCUUUAUAUAAUAACUCUUUUUCUUCACACACUGCAUCCUAGUUCUAGAACCUUCUUUACUAGGUAUUAUUUUGAAAGAAUAAAUAUCUACUGAGUUAAGAUGAGUGAUGGGAACAAAUGACAGGGAUAAGUCUACAGGAAAAGAGACUUCACAUCAAUAAUUAGAAAAAUUAGAUUUGUCUCUCUUUUCUAGGAAAUUCUGCCCCAAGUAAUGUAGAUUUUUAAAAAAUAUUUUUUUCUAAUGUUAAAAUAAUGGGACCAAAUUAGAGUCUAUAGCCUAAAAGAAAUUCAGAUUAAAAAUCUCCAUCGAUAAAGCGGAGAGAGUUUGGAGAAAAAAAAAAAAAAAACAAGGAAAUCUAUGUUUCUGCUUAUUUUGAAAAAUUACUUCCAUCCAUUCAAACCUCAUUUAUUCAACUGAUAUUUAUUUAGAGUCUACUAAAAGAAUUGCGAUAUGUGGGGAACAUUCAGACAAAUGGAAUAUCAUCCUCGACUUCAAAAUUUAUAGUCUAGGAGAUUUAUUUGGAAUGACUUUUUAAUUUCUCUGUGAGCUAAAAAAAAUCAGAUUACACAUACUAUUUUGUGAGUAGCUAUUAUAAAAUCAGUUGUUUAGUAAGAGAUCUCCUGUGAACUCAUUUCGGAUGUGAAUUAAACAUCCUUCAGUUACCGAAGUUGACAAAUAGGAUAGUUUCAGUAUUAUCAUCCAAACAUAAACUGGUCUGGAAAGAUAUCUCAUUGGGAGCUAAUUGGCCUGUCUGGAUUCCAUCUUCACCAUUAAAUUAACAGGAGAUGGUUGGGCGAGAACCUUGGAGACAUUGGGGUUGGUCCCUUCCUAAGCUUUGAAAAGUUAGGCAAGCUGAAAGAGUGACAGAGAGCAGAGUAGGGGGUUGUGGGAUUCCUUACAGUGAAGUUCAACCAUGAACUUCCCAGGGUUCAAAACACGGAAUGAUUCAGGAACCACAAGCUAACAGCUCAGAGCUCUCCCACCCAUUCAGAAGUGUCUCCAGGAGAAGGGGACCUCAUACCAGUACUUAUGAAAAAUUGAAUACAAGCCUCCCUUUGUAGAUAAAUCUGCACCAAGUCAUCACUGACAGCACCCUUUUUGGGUUCUUUAAACGGCUUUUCUUUCUCCUGAUUGACAAUAUUCACAUGGUUUCUACUGGGAUAUGGAAAGCAGAAUCACUUAUUUUGGAGAAGAAAAAAAUAAACUUUUAAAUGUCAAGGUAAUAGAAAUACAUUUAGUGAAUGUGGUCUCCUUCCUCUUAGGAACACAAGAUUCUUAUGUGUCAGAUAAUCUCCCACUAAUACCUGGAGAUUGAUGCAAGUAUAAUCCAAAAUUACCCAAAAUACUUCAUAAUAGCACCAUUUUAUUAUUCCUUUUGAAUGAUUUCUGUAGGAUAUAUUUGAUAUCCAUUGUUUUGGUGUGUUUUUUGGUUUUCUGGGGGGGGAGGGGGUUUGUCCCCCUAGGAAAAUACAUCUGAGAGUGUUUAAGAGGGAGGGAAAAAAUGUUUUGUCUGUUCCUAAGAAUAACUUAUUUAAUGUAGAAGAGUGAAAUGUUAAAAAUGCCAGUUAAGUCUGCAAAGGGCUUUGGAAUUUCACCUUCCAGAGGCCAGUUGUAUGAAUGGAAAUAUGCAGAAUCAAUGUAAAUUUGAGAAAAAUUAAUAGUAAAAUUACACUGACUAUAUUUUUUAAAUCACCAAAUUUUGUAGAUUAUACCUGUCUUGGGGAAUUCUAUUUUCAGGCAUGGAAAAACUUUAUAGCUAAAUGGGUAUUUAAAAAAGUAGUUCUUAAACAGUCUGUGAGACAAGAUGUCCUCUAAACCAGGGUAGAUCCAGCAACACAAAGCAUCUGCACCGCGAAGAGGUGGUUGGGUUACCAAUCAUUUCUUGAUGUUCUGAAUAAUAUUAGUAAGCACAGGUUAGGAAGAGAGUUCUUUCUCCAGUAACAUUCUUGAAAUAGCAUGAAAACCAAUGCAAAACUCAAAUUCUAUCAAAAUGUACAAACUAAAAAUAAGAGAUUCUUUCUUCAUCAAUCAGGAAGAAUGACUAAAUAUCUGUAACUUGAAAGAAGAAAUAGUGUUCUUCGAAGUGUUGUAAUGUGUGUGCUAAUACCUUCUAAAGGAAGGACGUAGCCUGAAGAUUGUACAUAUUUUUAAUGCUAAGGAAAAAUCAGUAAAAGGACUGUGAGGCUCUGCUGCUAGAUGAAAUUGGAGGAACUAUCAAUGUGCUUCUUGAAGUGUCAAAAAUGAAAAGAAAAUUAAAAUUGUUUAAGCCUGACAGGGAAGGAUGUAAAUACAAGUUUUCUUUUUAGAGCUAUCUAACCUUUAUUUCAAAACUUGAAUUAUUCAUCCAUCUGUAAUUGUUGAUUAUUUAACUAGUAUAUGUGGUUAAUAAGGUAAUAGAAAAGGUAAUUAUGAAAGCAUGUAUAUAACUGGACAGAACCAUGAUAAUACUGUAAGAUGUAGACUUAGGUUAUCAAAUAUUAAAUGAUUUGAAUAUUGUUAAAUAAAUCAAACUAGGAAACUAACCACAAAAUGUAAUGUAACAAAAUAAAAUGAAGGAUAUGAAAAUGUAGAAUGGAUUUUGUGUAGUCCAAAAAAUAAGUUUGCCAUUUAAAAUUGCUAUUUGUUGGGUUUAGCUGAAAAUAGGCGUAUAUUGUUCCACUUGUGAAAACUUGCUUUAAAGCAUUACAAAUUCUCUUCUUUCUUUAUCACUUUUUAAAUGUAUGCAAAGGGAAUUUUAUAUAUUUUUUGAGUUUGUUUUGCAAACACCACCUUGUAGAGUUUAACAGGCAAAAUAUGUUAUAUAUGACUUUAAGUAAGAGGUCUUCAAGAUGAAGUAAAGGAAAUGUAACUUCUAUUACCUUAUGAUGAGACAAAAAAUAAGUAGUGUCAUUUAGCAAACAAACAAAAUAUGUUUAACCUGUGACCUUCCCUUUCUUUUCCUAUGAUGCCCUCUCACCUCCAAAAACAACAAGGAAUUCGUUAAUUUUCUGAUAAAUAAAUGCUAAACCAUUUCAAACUAUUGUAUUCUUUUGGACUCUAGUUAUUAGACCGAUAAUUUGUUAUGGGGCAAAUGAAAAAUCCAGAUGUAUGAGCUUUUAGUUGUUAAAAAGCCAGGUAAACUAACUUCUUCUGCAUAUGGGCAGAGAAUCCUGCUGUGCCUCUCUUUGUGUACGUGGACUUUGGUGUGUGUUAGAUUGAAGGACAGCCUUGUACCCAUGCAGAUUCAUAAGGGCAGAUUGGUAUCUCCUAGUUGCCAUUUGCUUAAGAACAAAUGACAUCAUUCAGAUGUAGAUCAGGUAUAAUUUUAAAUGAUCGUCAUCAGCAGAGACCUUGUUAUUACUGAUAUUACAAUGGGGCCAGCUUUCAUACUUCUGAGUAGAAUUAAUUCAAUUUUUCUGAUCCCUGAGAUGACUUUGCAAGAGGAUUUCUGUCUGCAAUUGCAAACAUGAAGCUGUUGUGGACAUUGUGUCAGGCCAGGAACUCUGUGUUUCUAUGGGCCGAUAUCUUUUAACACCAUGGGCUGCUUUGUUCUUUUUCAUUAAAAGUCUCUCUAAAACAGUAGAAAUUUCAGACACUCUGUUCAAACCCCACUGAUUUUGUAGAGCUGCAAAAAUGUAGGAUGUGUCACUUUUGCAGACCCCUGCCUCAUCUUAUUGCA